AAGUCAUAAUUAUGUGACACAAAGUGCGCCAGUGCGGAGUGACGAAUGCUCCAGCGAAGAAGGCGUCACACGUGCAGUUUGCAUCUCAAGAUUUUACCUCAUAAUUAUGAAUUUUUAUCUCGUAAUUUCGACUGUUUCGUUCAUCGUUAUGACUUUCUUGGCUCAUACUAAUGACUCUUUAAUCUCAUAAUUUCGACUUUUUAUCUUAUAAUUAUGACUCACCAUUGAAAUAUUUUUUUCUUUCAGCGGCGGAAACGGGCUUCGAUAAGACUGAAUUGAGAGCGAGCAUAUUAGAUGAAAAAAUCCGUCUUAAAUAUUUGUUGUGUUUGUCAGAACAAAAACAGCGUAAAGUUUACCCUAUGUGGCAACAUAGAGCCGUGCAAGUGAAAAUCAGGGCAUAGUUAAAAUUGAAGCAGCUGAUUGGUGCGUUACUUGGUGACGUUAACUGCGCCGCAAAAACAAGGAAAUGACAGUCAACGUCGAAAGCGGCUGGUUUAACCUCGAAGUCUGCGGUUUAUGGCUUCCUGUGUGUGGCGCCGUCAGAGUCGCACCACUCCCCGGUGAUAUAGCAGCAUGUAGCUGCUAAUUGUCCUCCGUGUUUGGACGGAGCUUUCCUGAAUGAUGACUCCGCUCGGCGAUCGGCAAGCCUUGACUGAAUCCAAAACGCCACCGUGAGCCCAUUUCGUCUGUCGUCUUGGUGGUCUGCUCCUCUUGUGGUGUCUUCUUAGCCUUUAGAUAUUAGCGAUGCUUGCCACAAGACCAGCCGAAGAUGAGUCCCAUGAGGUGGAGGAGAUGGACACCCUGGAACCCAACUGGUGCUGGUUCUACCUGGCCGAAUGUGGGGUGUGGCACAUGUUUGAGAUUGACCCCAGCGCCGCCUGCUCGGUGACCAGCGCCCAGAUCGAGCAGUGCUACAACCGGAACCAGCGUGGCGUCAUGGAGUUCUACACGGCCAAGUACACCUACAGGCUGGACUUCUCAGUCAUGCGCCAGAUCAACCUCACCACAGGGAAGCAGCGGCCAAUCAAACGCUCCCUCCACUCGGCCACCGGCUUCAGGUUUAUUUGUGACAACCUGGCCUUACCUGUUCCGUGCCACUGGGAGAGGAUCAACACGGACGAGCCCUACCAGCUCAUCCAGCUGGGCAGGGACACCUACGAGUUCAAAGAAGUGGCCAGGCUCUACGAGAGGACCAUGGAUCGUCCCAUCAAAUCCAUCCAGAGGAUCCAGAACUUGGACUUGUGGGAGUUCUUCUGCAGGAAGAAAACGCAGCUGAGGAAAGUCAAGCGCACUCUAGACAUUGAGGAGCGCAUGUUGUUCCACGGCACGGGACACAACAACAUACAGGCCAUAUGCAUGUUUAACUUUGAUUGGCGGCUCACAGGAAGCAAUGGCGACGUGUACGGCAAAGGGAGCUACUUUGCCCGGGAUGCCAAAUACUCAAGUAAGUACUGUCACAGCACGGGGAAGCACAACAACAAUCUGCAGCGGCACGGGCUCGCCCCGCCAAUAUUCGCCAGCGAGCCGUCCUACAAGAGCAUGUUCCUGGCCAGGGUGCUGGUGGGCGACUACACGCUUGGCCACGCCUUCUACUGCAGGCCACCCUCCAAGGACACCAGCCUGACCAACUUUUACGACAGCUGCGUGGACGACACGGCCAACCCCAAGAUCUACGUCAUCUUCGACAGCAAUCAGAUCUACCCCGAGUACCUGAUCGAGUUCUACUGAGCUUGCUGCGCUUCGUAACGGGAAUGGGCGCAGAUUUCCAGAAGAGAGGCAGUUCGAGGGAUGUCGUGAUAAUCCUGUGCCUAAGUAGAACAUGAAUAAUCUCAAGUGCCUUUUAGGACAGCAGCUCGAGAGGACAAUGACAACUUUAUACCGCACAGAAAUGGGCCGGCACUGUCAGCUGGUGGACUUGGGAGAAAAAGUCUGAUUUUCCUGGUAUAGAUCUUAGUGGGUGUUUUGUGUAUGCAUUUAUGCAGAACAUUGCCAUUGUCUUCACACAUGUCAUGGCUAUUAACCACAGCGUUGCUAUCGUAAGUCAUCUUGUUAAGAUGUAAACAUUUCUUUGUGGUUGUUAUGAGGGAGGUGCCAAAAGGGAUCGCCACAAGGUGGCGCAAUAGUACAAAAUAUGGUUUCAGAGAAACUCAGUCAAUUAAGAGAAGAACCUUGUGUUUAGUCUCUGUUAUUUGCACAUUGUGAAGCGAAUAAUUUUACUUGUCAGAGCACCUCAAAGUGAAACUAAAUAAAUAGUAUUAGUUAGGUUGUGGCUGCUAUUUAUUCUACCGUCGUUGUUUUAGCACGUGAGAUAAACGUAAAUCAACACUGCAUCGUGGGAUAGCUAACCACAGACAGGCGCAGCAUUGAGUGGGUUUGUCCACUGCGGCGAUACGUCAAUGUCGCCGCCAUAUUGGAUCUGUCAAGGCUCCUCUAUAAAUGAUUGCGAGUAAAUGUACUUACUUUCAUAAAGCGCCUUUCUACGAUUUCUACAAAGAAAUUUAAGUUAAUUCCUCUCCUUUAUACGUUCACACACGCACACACAAGAUGCCUAACUGUUUUCCAAGUAUAUUAGUGCGUGUGUGAAUGUAUAAACGAGAGGAAUUAACUUAAAUUUCUUUGUAGAAAGGCGCUUUAUGAAAGUAAGUACAUUCAAGUGUACUCAUUAACAGCGCAGCCUUGGCACAUCCAAUAUGGCGGCGACGUUGACGUACAGCUCAGCACUGGGUGCGGCGUCUAUCUAUGUUUUUUUUUCAAUCAACUUUAUUAACGCCUUACAAAUUCCAUUAACUGCAUGAAACCAUGGGCAUUAAAAAAAUAACAGUUGGAUAACAAAAACACAUAAAAUAAAUCAUACAGAAAUCGAGAUUAAAGAAAUAAAAACGUACCAGAAAAUGAUAAAUAAAUAAAUUAAAAAAUAUAUAUGUAUAAAAAAUAAAGAUAAUAAUAAUUAAAGUAAUAUACACCAAGGGACAUGAGCAAUGAAAAUUAAAUUGAAUUAAGGAUAUUGAAGUGGGAGCACCGAUUUAUAGUCUUGAUAGCUUUCUUGUUAUUAGCAGAGGAUAUUGAUUUGAAGUACAGCUUCAGAGCGGCGUCUAUCACUGAUCUGUAUAGUAUAUCUGGAUAGCUCAUUGGCGAUGACUUGUGAAGGCAAACGGCCGCCAUAUUGCUACUCGCAAGAAACACUUCUCGGGCAAGCUUUUGCAUUCGUGGUGAACUUCUUUUAUUAAUUCGGAUUGGACACACAUUUCGACUUAAGAUGCCUGCAUGUGCAGCUAUUAACUGCACAAAUCGCCAGUUCAAAGGCUGUGGACGAACAUUUCACGUGUAAGUAUGAUUGAAAUGUAGAUUGAUGAUUGAUAAUUUAAGGGUUUUGAACUGUCCAUCUCUCAGAUAUUUUCGAUCGUGCAAAAUUCCUCUGAUUAAAUGUAUGUCCAGAAUUGAUAGGUUUAUAUAGCUCUAUAAUAGCUAAGAGGAAAUGUACGUACUUUUUUGUUAUAUCAUGAUAUAUGUAUUUCUUUAAGGGACGACUGACAUAAAAGAAUUCAUUCAUAUGAUAUGUUCUGGAAAAUAAUAUUACUGAACAUACAUACCGGUAUGUUUGAGAUGGCAAACAACGUAUUGUCUUACCCAAAGCAUAUGGUUUUGUUUCAGUGUUGUUGUUUUCUCUGUGUGUGUUGGUGUUUGUGUUUAUGGUUAUUACACAUUAUGGUUAUCACAUAUUAUUCCUGUGGUUUUUGUUCAAAUAUAUUUCUAUAUCAGAAAAUAGGUUAUUUCUAUUUCAUAACACAAACAAAAAAAAUCAGCAAAAUGUGAAAUGAUUUUAAAACGUGUCUCUUUUAUGAUUCAUA